AUGCAGCCCAUCAAGCUGGCUCAGGUCACCAAGAUACUGGGCAGAACCAGUUCUCAGGGCCAGUGCACCCAGAUGCGUGUGGAGUUUAUGGACCACAUGAGCCGGUCCAUCAUCCACAGCGUGAAGGGCCCAGUGCGGGAGGGGGACAUGCUCACCCUGCUGGAGUGGGAACAUGAGGCCCGAAGGCUGAGGUGA